AUGGAGGAAAGGCCAGUUGAAGGUCCUCGAGGCCCUCAUUUGUUUCGAAACUCCUUGCUGAGCGCAUACACGGAAGACAAUAUCCUGACCCUCUCACCAAUCACGCCCUCCACGGUGAAGGACUCCAACUACCUCCGUGCGAUUGACGACUCCGCCCUUCACUCUCCCAACACUGAACUCGCGAGCAUUCUCGCGCAGACUUCCCGCGAGUCGAUGAUCAAUGCUGGAGUCGAAUUCUCUGUCGCCCAGGCCUUUAUCGACAACGACAUCAACGGCGCCAUCCUCAUGACACUAAAGUUUGAGGAUCUUAAAGAGCUCCAGAUUCAAUCCUUUGGCGUUCGCAUCAAGAUCUGGAACCAGAUCCAAGUUCUCCGGGACUGCAAGACCGCAUCACCUCUGCCCCCACUCCAAUUGAGGACAUUCCCAGCCGCGACAUCUGCAAAACUCCCGCCGAUAGCGUCAACAGGGGCCAGUCUCGCCGAAGACGCCACGAAGCAGAGGCGCCUCAUUGAGGCCUUCAAGAUGGAGCAUCCUCUCGCUACCCUAGACAAUGGCGUCCUUAUUGCUGGCAACCCUGGCAACCCCGAGACUGCUAACCGUAUUGACACGGACGACUUCCGUCCGGUCUCCGACGCCGUUCCUUCCAUUGUUGCGUCCUCGGACAUUAUGGGCACUGGCGGGCUCCCGGCUCUUCAGUAUCUCCGCCAGGCCACUCAGUCCCCCGAAACAAGGCUCUCCGGACCAUGUCAGGCAGUUUCUCGAUUUCCAGCGCUCCCAGUCAGCAGGUGCUGA